AUGUCAUCCCGGAGCCAGACACGUCUCCUUCACAAGCACAUGGGCGUCCUGUUCUCUACCAUGUCCUCAGAAGAACUCCUUGACUCCUUGGACUCUUUUGAAGCGAGAGAAGAUGACAUAUUUCUGGUUUCUUACCCCAAAUCUGGUACCCACUGGGUGGCAGAAAUCAUUGAGAACAUUCCCAAUGCUGGCAUUGCUCUCACAUCGCCUAUUGAACUGGGAAACAUUUCUAAAUUUGAAGAGCUAAAAAUGAUUCCUAAGAGAAGAGUCAUCCCAACGCAUCUCAACUAUAGCAUGCUUCCUGUGACUGCCAAACAAAAGCAAUGCAAGAUUAUCUACAUCGUCAGAAAUCCGAAGGAUACAGCCGUGUCCCUGUUCCACUAUUACAGAGACAACCCCAACCUUCCUUCCAUGGAAUCAUGGGCUUCAUUUUUAGAGCUGUUCCUCAGAGGAGACGUUGUAUAUGGCUCCUGGUUUGAUCACGUUUUGAGCUGGGAAGAACACAAAAAUGACAAAAACGUCCUCUUCCUGUUCUAUGAAGAAAUGAAGAAAGACUUUGUUAAGAGCCUAAAGAAGAUAACUGCUUUUCUUGGCAUCAAUGUCAAUGACAGUGAGAUAAGUAAGAUCACUCAGAAUACUUCGUUCAGUGAAAUGAAAAGUAACGCUGCCAAAGAGAACUGUGAUCCGAAUCACGUCAUCUGUGCCCUCACAUCCAACAGGAACCUAGUGUUCAGGAAAGGAGUGGUGGGUGAUUGGAUAAACUACUUCACUCCAAAGCAGAAGAGAGCCUUUGAUGAACUAUUCACAGAGAAGAUGAAAAGCAGCGAAGUGGGAAGAUGUGUGAAGGAGUAUGUGUAA